CUUCUCCCCUCCGCGGCCUCCCCCUUUCUCUGGCCGCUCGCGCAGCUGCUCGGCACUCGCUAUAUAAAGGGCGAAACAAGCGGAGCAGACGGCUGGCGGCUGCAGCCCAAGGGCCGCCGUGUGAGGCCGGGCGGCGGAGGAAGGAGGGGGGGAGAGAGAGGGAGAGAGAGGGAGAGAGGAGAAGAAGAAGAAGAGCGAGAGGGUGGCUUCUUCCGCGCGGGCGGGUUAGCCGGGCUGAGGAGGACGCCCCUGAGGCGAGACAGGGCGGAGGAGGCGGACAACAGCGGCGGCGGCAGCAGCGGGGAAAGGGGGGACCCUAGCUCGCCUCAGCCUGCUCUUGUCCGGAGGGGGGUGUCGGGGGCGCCCUGCCUCGGGGUGUGUGUGUGUGUGUCCUACCCAGGGGUGGUGCGGGACAUGGCGAGCUCGACUAACACAAACCCCGUGCCUAAAUUGUAUAGGUCUGUGAUUGAAGAUGUCAUUAAUGAUGUCAGAGAAGUCUUUCUUGAUGCAAGUGUGGAUGAGCAAGUCCUUGUGGAACUUAAAACACUAUGGGAAAACAAAUUGCUGCAAUCCAAAGCUGUUGAUGGAUUUCAUUCAGAGGAACAGCAACUUUUACUGCAGCAACAGCAGCAGCAGCAACAACAGCAGCAACAGCAUUCCCAUCAUCACCACCACACGCAGCCACAGCAAACAGUUCAGCAACAGUCCCAGACCCAGCAAGUCCUUAUUCCGGCAACACAGCAAACACCUCAGCCUCAAGUUAUUAUGCCAGAUUCCAAACUGAUUCAGCACAUGAAUGCAUCAACCAUGAGUGCUGCUGCUACAGCAGCCACUUUGGCUUUGCCUGGUGGAGUUAGUCCUGUUCAGCAAUUACUUACAAGUUCAGGCCAACUCUUACAGGUGGUUAGAACUGCCAGCGGUACUCAAUACCUUAUUCAGCCUCAGCAGCAAGUAGUUCUACAGCAGCAGGUUAUACCACAAAUGCAACCUGGUGGAGUUCAGUCCCCUGUUAUUCAACAAGUUUUGGGCCCAAUUCCUGGAGGAAUCUCGCAACAGACAGGAGUGAUUAUUCAGCCUCAGCAGAUCUUAUUUACUGGAAACAAAGCCCAAGUAAUACCUACAACAGUGGCUGCACCUACAUCAGCGCAAGCACAGAUUUCUGCAACUGGUCAGCAACAACCUCAGCAACAAGCAGCACAACCACAGGCACCUUUAAUGCUGCAAGUAGAUGGAGUGUGUGAUACAUCAUCUGAAGAUGAAGCAGAGAAGGAAGAGUAUGAGCCAGCACAAUCACAGGCACUUUCAGUGCUGCAAGUGGAUGGAGCAGGUGAUACAUCAUCUGAAGAAGAGGAGGAGGAAGAGGAAGAUUACGAUGAUGAUGAAGAGGAAGACAAAGAAAAGGAUGGAGGUGAAGAUGGCCAGGUUGAGGAGGAACCGCUCAAUAGUGAAGAUGAUGUUAGUGAUGAAGAAGGACAGGAAUUAUUUGACACUGAGAAUGUUGUAGUGUGCCAGUAUGACAAGAUACAUAGAAGUAAGAAUAAGUGGAAGUUUCACCUCAAAGAUGGAAUCAUGAAUCUUAAUGGCAGAGAUUAUGUAUUUUCCAAAGCCAUUGGGGAUGCAGAAUGGUGAAUACAGAAAAUAAACUCAAAGCUAAGACAAGAAAGGUUGAGACUUGGACAGUACACUUCAACAGAAAAAUCUCUGAAGACCCAUAAAGAAACAAUAGAACUGAGGUUACCAGGACAGAAGAAUAGCAUGGCAAUGUUGACACUACUUCAAAUGGGAAAAUUGAGGCAUUGGUGCAGCUAGCUCUGUCCGACAGCUGGUUUUAUAUGAAUACCUUAACCACUUCUACCUAUAGAUAAAGGUAACUAGCAUGUGAUGCUUAAUCUCCCCUUCCGCUGAUUUGAAGGAACUCUUCUUUUUGGUAACAAUACUAUGGAAAAGGCUUAGUGUGUUUUUGUGCAUAAAUUGUGCUGAAACGCUCCCCUGGGGAGUGGGAUUGGUGAGAAUCUUGCUCAAAAUUGUACAUGGAGAUUUAGCCAAUUGGUGAGGACUGAGGUGUUGAGUUCUAAUUACUAUUGAGUAAACUAUUUUUAAAUCUUGUGCUGGGCCAUGUAUAAUUUUAUUGACAGUUUUAGGCCUUUUAUAUAAAUUUUGAUCCUGGUACCAAAAGAUCUCAUUUGUAUUUUAAAUUUAAUAAUGCUGAAUAUUUUAUUUAAAAGGACGUUGUGCUUUAGUCUAUGGAUGAAAGUGAUAAAAAUCUCCAUCUCCCUUUGCUCUCUUAAGAAAAGAUUCUUGAAUAUUCUUAAAGAUUGCGCAAUUUAAUAACUUGUUUGUUGAAUAGCAAAUUAAUAAUCUUUUAAAAAUAAUUCCACUUGUGAACUUAAUGUGUAUUUUCGAAGUCCAAGUGAAUAUGCACUGCAAGUGACAAACGAGAGCAGAAGUUACAGGUGACUAUGCACUUUGGAAAGGGAUCUAAAGCAUUGAAGGAGCUUCCAUUUCUCAAAUCAUAAUUGGAGAACUGAAUCACAUUUAUUUUAAUAAGUAAUAACUUAAUGUAAUAUCAAAGUAUUGUUGAAGAUAAAUUUCUCUGUUGUAGCAAUAGUAUUUGGGAAUCAGGUUUUCAACAAUGCAGGCUUUCCUAAUGAGGCGAAAGGGCUGAACAUCAGCCAUAUUAAGGGAGCAACACACCUCCAAAUUGUUCAUUCUUGCAAGAUAUGUAUUACACACAUGGUAGCCAACUGUGAAAAGCAGUGAAAAAAGACCAGGGAAUGGUAAGUAAAGAAAUAGGUGUGUGCUAGUAAGAAUGCCAUCUUUCUUCAAUACUAACAUUUCUGUUCUUACAAAAAUGAAACAUUUUGAAUACUAAGCAAAAUUGCCAGUGCAUUUAAUCACCAUUCGAGUUUUCUCUUCUGUUCCCAAAUUAAUUUCUUUGCAUUUCAAUGUAAAUCUAUCGGUUAUUUCUGCUUGCAGGAAACUCAUAUUGCAAUGGGCAAUUUUUCUAUCCCAUGCUAUCUCUAAAACUGGCCAAAUAUGUUAAUUCUGUUGUAUAAUAGCAUUUGUAAGGCAUUUGCAUUUUUAUACUACAUAAAUGUAAUUGAAGGCUUCCAUUUUCUGGCCAUAUUGAUUGUUCACUGAACCUGAAUUUCUUUUGAGUGCAGUGGAGUUUUGGCUUUGGACUUGUAGAUAUCUUCAAAUAGCUUAUUCCCACUGUGUAAAAUAAACAGACAUACCACUAUUAUACAUAUCAACUUUUUGAUUACAUUGAAAUCAAUUGCCAUUUUCCAUUAAACCUUUAUGUAUCUCGUGGCCACCAUAUAUCCUAGUCCUUUACUCUGGUUUAAUAUAGAUUGAAAAACAAUUCAGAAAUACAGCACUGUGAAACUCAAAAAAGGCUACAGGUUUCUUUUCAUUACUGAAACAUAUACUGUACAAAUGAAUUAACAUUCUAGACAUCAUGGACACUGAAUAGCUGCUUGUCUCUAGCCUUUUAUUUAUUUUAAAAUAAUACCACAGCUUUAAAAGUGACUUAUAAAUAGGUCUAUAUGGAAACAGACUUGAUGUUUUGCAAAUUUAUUAUGGGUAAUCUUUGGUUGGAUGAGGGUGUUAAUAAAAGGACCUGUGAAAUUCUUUUGGAAGCCAGUCAUAUACCAAACUUGUGCUCUUACUUGCUUCAUCAAGUGUUCCUUUUUAAAAAUCAAAUAGUGUGCUUUUUAAGUUACAUUUUAUGGGAGCAGCUUCCUGUAGGACUAUAGCUUACUUACAAGUAUUACCAUACUUGAAUUUUAAUCAUGGAUUUAACAAUAUAAUUAAGCAGACCAUUUUGUUAGAUUUUCACUAAAAUUAUCAUUCCUUUGAGGGAGAGGCAGGGCAAAUAUUCCCAUGAUUAGUCCUUAAGUAUUUAUAAACUAUUUGCUUUUGUUCUUAUUUGGCUUAGAAUUGGAAGUAGUUACUAUUGGAAUAGUUCAGUACCUCUGCUUUUGAAGCAAUUAACGGUUUGCAAGAAGGGCUUUAUUUUUAGAUUUGCACAGAGAACAGGAGCACCUUUUUAACUUUAAAAUGUUAAAAUAGAGAAAGCAAAUACUUUGGUUAGACUAAUACGAAGAUUUAUAGUGUAAUUACACAAAGGAUGAAAGUCUUGUGCCUUUGCAAUCUUCAGAUACUCCUGUUUUACUCCAUGAUUUUAGGACCAUGGGUCUCCUUUAGUAAAUGAUACCCUACAAAGCUUCAAUUGUAACCUAAUAUUUUGAGUCUAAUCUUACUGGCUUUCUAGAAUGUGCAAUCAUCUGAAACAUCUACAUUAAACAUUGUCUUUUUAGAAGGUUUUAGAUUGUCACAAAUAAUUUUAUAUUGGAGUAUUUAAAUUUAAUGUGUAAAAUAUUUUCCCCCUCUAGUGGCAGUCCAAGUUCUCUUUUACUUGUCUAUUAUCGCAACUUGUUUUUUGUUCUCAGUCAUCUCCACGGAAAUGGAUCAUGAAUUUACAAAUAUUUUGCUACCCUUUUUUCAAGGGAGAUUAAAAUUGUGAUUGAACUACAAUUUCUGGGAAAAGCAGAAGAUUUGUAGUGAUUGUUAUAACCAGAUUUGCAGAGAUACCAUUUUAAAAAUAGUGUUAAUACAACUAUGUUUUCAUUCUCUGUAUACAUCAAACAGCAAUAAUAUCCCAAUCAAAUUACUACUGGAUAAACUGUGUAGUUCCAUAACAGGAAGAAAUUAUUAUUUGUUCACAAUUAUUUGCUCUUCUGCUUUAAAAAAUCUUUUAUUUUGAUUUUUUGCAAAAAUCAGCAAAAAUGGUUUAGAACAGAUUUGAUUUUAAAGAGUUUCAUUGUUUAGAAAAUGCUAGAAUAGCUUUCCUCCUGAAAUGUCCUUCAUCUGGAGGACAUCCAAUGGAAAAACCUGCAUUUGAAUCUCUUUUAUAUUGUAUAGUCUUAAAUUACAUAAGAGAUUCUAAGAAAUCAAGCAUUUGGGAUCAGCGGGAUAACAAUUUUGGUUGAGCUAUUCUUGAUUUGUGUUUUAGGAAGACAAAAGAUUUUUUUUAAGUGGAAGAAUAAUGGCAGGCUAGCUGCAUGUGACAUCAGAUAUUCGCUCUUGUGUGCCUAGGGUACCAAAACUUAAGAGUGAGAAAUAUCCUUAGUUGCUGUUCUGAGCUACUACUGUCAACUGCUGUUGUACAUAUACUGUUAUGUGUAAGGGGGUAAAUAUAUUUAUUAUGUUUGUAAAAUCUGUACAAUUAAAGAUCUGUACAAUUAAAGAUCAAGGAUGUUCUUCCUAAGAUGUACAGGAUGUUUCAAAGGCCAUGCUUGGAAUACAAUUAGAAACUUAGUAUUUUGAUGUACUAAGACCUAUUUUAAGUUUAAUAUUUUGCCUUUGCAAAAAAAAUUAAAGAUGUUAUUUAAAAUAAGCUUGCCACUUUAUUUACUAUUUUGUGUAUUAAAAUACUUUAAUGUGUA